CCGGGCGGACGGUAUUCUGAGGACGCGUCAGGCCAGGGUUUCCAGGACGUGGAAGAGGACUGGCGUGAGCCACCAUGGCCUGGCAGAGUAUCCCGGUGCCUCGGCUUGAGGGCGUUUCGCAGGAACAGUUCGUGCAGCACCUCUACCCACAGAGAAAACCCCUGGUGUUGGAAGGAAUUGACUUGGGGGCAUGUACAAGCAAAUGGACAGUGGAUUACCUGAGCCAGGUUGGAGGGAGAAAAGAAGUAAAGAUUCAUGUCGCCGCGGUUGCCCAGAUGGACUUCAUUAGUAAGAACUUUGUGUAUAGAACUUUACCUUUUGAUAAGUUGGUUCAGAGGGCAGCUGAAGAAAAGCAUGAAGAAUUCUUUAUUUCAGAGGAUGAGAAGUACUACCUACGGUCGCUUGGGGAAGACCCUAGAAAGGAUGUUGCAGAUAUCAGAAAGCAGUUUCCUUUGCUGGAAGGAGAUAUUAAGUUUCCAAAAUUUUUCAAGGAGGAGCAGUUCUUCUCCAGUGUUUUUCGAAUUAGCUCACCAGGAUUACAACUUUGGACCCACUAUGAUGUCAUGGAUAACUUCUUAAUACAAGUGACAGGAAAAAAGCGUGUUGUGCUCUUCAGUCCUCGAGAUGCCCAGUAUUUAUAUUUAUCAGGUACUAAAUCAGAAGUGCUGGAUAUAGAUGACCCAGACUUAACUAAAUAUCCACUAUUUUCCAAGGCUAGAAGGUAUGAAUGUUCCCUGAAAGCUGGAGAUGUAUUAUUCAUUCCUGCUUUAUGGUUCCAUAACGUGAUUUCUGAAGAGUUUGGAGUGGGAGUGAAUAUCUUUUGGAAGCACCUUCCAUCUGAAUGCUAUGACAAAACAGAUACCUAUGGAAACAAAGAUCCUACAGCAGCAUCAAGAGCUGCACAAAUUUUGGACAGAGCUUUAAAAACACUGGCUGAAUUACCAGAGGAAUACAGGGACUUCUAUGCACGGCGAAUGGUCUUACACAUUCAAGAUAAAGCCUAUAGUCGAAACUUUGAGUAAAUAAUGAAGUGGAUGCCAUGAAUACAAACUUUUAAAUACAGUUCAGCUCAAAUACUGGAAAAAUAUCACCACAUAGAAAUUAUUUUUUAGAAGAUUCAUUCCUUGUUAAAAUAGGAAGGAAAAGCCUGACAUUUGUAGAUUAAAUAAAUAUGAAUUGGUGUUUAUGUGGUUUCUAUUUAAUACAGAUUGUUAUGGUUCAAAGACUGCUAUCCUUGGUGGGACCACUUGAGCUUUCAGAUGCAAAUAACUGAAAAUCCAACUGAAAAUGACUUAAUAAAAUGUAUUGAAUCAUUAUA